AUGUCUACUACCCAGGAGGAGCCCAAGGGCGUCGAGGUCGACCACAACAACGGUUACCACAGCGGCCCAACUCUCCACGCGUACAACUCGCGCCAGCCCGGUUUCCCCAUCUACAGCCCCAAGAAGAAGGCCAACCCCGGCCCUCUCGGUCUCUUCUGCUUCGCGUCGACCACGCUUCUUCUUAGCUUCAUCAAUGUCCACGCUCGCCACCUCACUGAGCCCAACAUCGUCACGGGACUCGCCUUUGCGCUCGGUGGCGCGGGCCAGUUCCUGGCCGGCAUUCUCGAGUUCUGCGUCGGCAACACGUUUGGUCUGACUGCCUUUGUCAGGCCUUCGUCCGGCAUGCUUGCUGCGUACAAGGGCACCGACCUCGACCAGGCGCUCGGCCUCUUCAUGAUGGUCUGGUUCGUCUUCACGACGAUCAUGCUCCUUGCCACCUUCCGCUCGAGCGCUGGCCUCGUCGCAGUCUUCUUCUUCCUUUCGCUCACCUUCCUCCUUCUCGGCAUCGGCUACCUUAUGGUCAAGCCGGUCGUCCUCAAGGCCGCCGGGUACUUUGGAAUCGUCACUGCUGCCUGCGCGUACUACACUGCCCUCCACGGUCUUCUCACGGCCGAGGCUGCUCCGUUCGGCAUCCCGCUGGGGCAGUACAUGCUGCAAGGUUGGACACUGACCGACCUCCAAUGCGACGAGUGCGGCGUGACGCCGCUGAUGCGCGAGCCGUAUGGCGCUGCCCAACGCGCAGGCAGGGCACCGAUCCAGUUCUGCGCGCUAUGCGACGGCGGCCCCGCCGCGCCGAACCGCGCGCGUGCCAAUGAGCCCGCAAGCUCGGCGUACGCUACCGCCUCGACGACGCCCGAGCCCACCCCGACCCCGAGCACGCCGGCUCGCGCCCAGCCAGCCUCUACGCCCGCAACCUCACCCCCUCCCCUCGCGCACGCAGCCGCGCGUCGCGCCGAUCCCGAGGCCGCCGCAGACGCCAUCGCAGCCCUCCUCCUCAAGGGAUACUCGCUGUUAUCUGCUGCCUGCCCGGACCCCGCGUGCGCUGGCGUUCCCCUCGUCGGCUUCCCCAGGCGCAAGGACGGCACAAAGGACCCGCGCCGCGAGUGCGUGUCCUGCGGCAAGCGGUGGAUCAACGAGCGCGACCUCGCCGAGUCGGGGCUUAAGGUUCAGCAGGAGCAGGCGGCGUCUUCGUCGGCGGCGGCCGCGUCGACGACGGCAUCCGCUUCGACGUCCACGCUCACGCCCGCGCUGAGCCAAGCGACUAUCACUUCCGCCUCGGUAUCCUCUGUCCCUGCCAUCCGGCCGGCCGAGGCCGAGGCCGAGAGCCCGCGCACCCGUGCACGCAACGAGCUGUACGCGCAGGGCAAUGUCAUUCUGCAGGAGCAGCGCGCGGCCGAGGCCAAGAAGGCAGCCGAGGCUGAGGCUGCGGCGAGCGCGACGAGCUCGACUCAGGGAUACGCCAUUCCCAGCGGUGCAGGACCGAGCUCGGCCCCCGCGAGCUCGGCGCUCGGCCUUGUCGCACCAUCUCCGGCGGAUGACGACGACUUUGAGAUGGCCGACAGCACGCCCACGACCGCGCGCAAGCCGUUCGUGUCGGCUGAACAUCGGCCGGAGCAGCCUGAUGGCCGGUUCCGCGUCGUGCUUGUCUCGACUGGCUCCGUGGCGAGCGUCAAGAUCCCGCUCAUUGUCGAGGCGCUCAAAAAGGACCCCAACGUGGACGUGCAGGUCGUGGCUACCAAGCCAUCGCUGCACUUCUACGACCGCGCAGCGGUGGAGGCGAGUAACCCCGGCGUGCGCGUGUGGACAGACGAGGACGAGUGGUCGGACUGGAAGAAGAUUGGCGACCCGAUCUUGCACAUCGAGUUGAGGCGGUGGGCUGAUCUUGUUGUUGUUGCACCUACGUCAGCGGAUAUUCUGGCCAAGAUUGCUGGUGGCCUGAGCGACAACCUUGUGCUGUCCAUGCUCCGCGCCCUCGCGCCGGAAACUCCCGUCAUCCUCGCCCCGGCCAUGAACACGUUUAUGUACGAGCACCCCCUCACGGCGCGGCACGAGGCGUUCAUCCGCGAAGUGCUUGGAUACUACAUCCUCGGUCCUCAAGGCGCAGGCAAGCUCGCGUGCGGCGAUGCUGGCGCAGGCAAGAUGACCGACUGGAAGGACAUCGUCUCGGUCAUCCUCAGCUAUGCGGCAGUGUUCACCAACCGCUCCAACCGCUCUGACACGACGCUCCUCAAGUCGCUGCUCACGAGCAUGACCAACCCCGCACCGUCGAGCCUGCUCCAACCGGUUGUGGCACCCGCUGCCCCCAUCGCCGCGCGUAAUUUCGUGGUCCCUCCUGCCCAACCUGUUCUCGUGCACCCCCAGCCCAGGCCUGCCGCCCAGCAGUCCGUGACCCGCCCCAUCCCCAAGCUGAGGAAUCGCUUCCCCUCGCGCGACCUCAAGCGCCCACUGUCCGGCACGACACCGCAGCGUCCCAAGCCCACAGCUGAGCGCUCGCCCCUCCACUUGCUCCGUUUCCUCCUCUACCCCUUUCUCGUUCUCCUCCACAUUGCAUUCACCCUAUCCUCCAUUGUCCUUCGCAUCUUCCAGGCCAACCCCACCCCACCUGAUGAGCUCACCAAGGACCCGCCCGAGCACGCCGCGCUCAUCUUCGUACCCGGUGCCACCAAGUCGGCCGAGUCGCGCCGCCUCGUGGCAGAGCGGUACAUUGAGAGUGUGAGGCGCGCUGUCCAGUGGGCGGGCGAGUGGGGCGUGAGUACCAUCAGCGUGUGGGACGGAGAAGGCCUUGGCAUCAAGCACCACUCUGUGAUCACGACGAGCCUGCUCAACCUCCCUCCAUCGCCUCCUAGCUCGACGCCACCCUCCCCGCCCCUUGGCAUCGAGGAGAUCGAGGACCUAGGAGAGAACACUGUCAAGGCGGCUGUUUACGUGGACACCGAUGCCUGCUCUCGACGCGUUGAGAUCCUCUUCCUACCGCCCUCUGCCACCGACACCCUUACCCGCGUCACGCGCCAGUACGCGCGCGGUGGCGUUGCACCGUCCGAAGUGACCCAGAUCCACCUCGACCACGAUGUCAAGGCCGACCUCGGCCUCCCCUCGGACCCGGACCUCGUCAUCAUUCACCACCUCUCCCCUCCGGGCUUUAUCCGCGGCCUUCUGCCCCGCCCCGCCCCCGAGCUCACCCACCCCCUCACCCUGCCCCUCUACCUCAUGACACUUGGCGAGCUCCUGCAAAACUCGCCCCUGCCCGUACUGCGCAAGCUUGGCACCCUGUUCCCCAGUGCCGAUUGCAAGGGCGUGCUUUCUGUCGACGCGUGGGAGGGUGCCCAGGGCGCCUGGGAGAAGGUCGAGCAACGUCGUGGCAAGUGAGCGUGGCGAGCUAGUUGUAGUAGUCCACAGUCGCCGUUACGCAGCACUAUGCACAGCGUUUGACCUCGGCAACGGCUUGGCCGCAGCGUGCAACUGGCCUUGGCGACUUGGCCGCUUCCAUCGCCGUCGCCCACACGAGCAGCACGCGACCACGCCACAAUGCACGCGACCGCGUCUCGCAGCCACCAGUUGGUUGGCCACACAGCUGCCACACGUGCGCGUGUGCCACGCGCUGUAAUCCGAGUCUGUACAUGAGCC